UAAAAAUUUAAAUUUUUGCAAAAUGUUGAUUAACCAGGAAGACUUAGCUAAACUCUGGAAUGACUUAACCGCUUGCUCCGGAGAAGGAUGCACUAUAAAAAUAUUUGUAGCGAACAACUGCGAUGCACUUUCCGCCUUUAAGAUAUUGACAAACCUACUUGCAGAGAGCUCAAUUAGCUAUUCAUGAAAGCCGGUAUUCAGCUACAGUGACAUAUACGAGGGAAUUACAAAGGAAUCCUUGCCUGAGGAGAUAAAGUCGUUAAUCUUCCUCAACUGUGGUGCAAAGAUUGAUUUCACUGAACAGUGGUUCUACCAGGGAGACUCUGAUAUCAAGACAUACAUUUUUGAUUCUGCAAGACCAAUCCUGCACAACAAUGUUCUGACCACGAAGGGAGUCUACGUAGUUGACUUUGGAGAUAUCCAGAUCGAGGACUGCCCUGAGGACAAGGACAUUCAAGCCUUCAACGACCCAGAAGGCGAAGGCGACAAUGAUUCGUGUGUUGACGGUGAAAAAGAAUAUGAGAUGCUCAUUAAUGGCGGGAAAGACGAAAAAGAGCCCAAAGAAGAAUCUAAAGAAGAAACUAAGGAACUUGACCCUGAAGAAGAUGAUUUUAAUAUUGAUGAAAUCGGCAAGAAGAGGAGACGUGAGGAAGACACUCAGGAGGAUGACAAAUCCAAGAGGAAGAAAAGAUACCAGGAGUACUAUAGUGGAGAGUACUUCACGACUUGUUGCUCAUACUUUACCUACUGUCUUGGAGUUCAUUUGAAUAAACAGAGUGUGGAAUUCUUCUGGCUCUGGAUCUUAGGACUUACUGAUCAAUUCAUACAUUCAAAAAUUUCUCAUGAGGAGUACUUGAGAGAAUAUGAGAAGUGUAAGAAGGACUUCCUUCUGAUAUCAGAUCAGAAUUUUAAUCAAGAGAAUAAUUCUCACAACUUUAACCAAUCAGGAGAAGGUGCUGAGGGAGGACUUCAGUUCGACAACAAAGGAUACUUCUAUAAAAAUGUUGAUCUUGACACUGAAAACUUUACAGUAGGGUCAAUUAUCCCCUCUCAGGAGUUUAGGUUCAUGUUCUUAAGAUCUUGGUCUCUAUAUGAAGCCGCAAAGAAUUCAGAAUACAUUGCUAUUAAGCUUAAAUUGUGGCAGGAUGCUGGUAAAGGAGAGCUAGCCAGAUUUUUACUGACUCUCGGAAUCCCAGAGCAUGAGUAUACUCAGAAGUACAAAUUCAUGUCUCCAAAAUACAAAAAGAUGCUUCAGGAGAAAGGUGCUGAAGUUGGUUCCAAGUUUGGGCUCGAUGAUCUCCUCUUCUCUAGUUUUGUCAGACAGAUUAACAAUAAGACCCAGAUGAAUGCUGCUGAUAUUGUUUAUAUAGUCACUUCUCUGAUGGAGUCUCCUAAACCAGUGAUGAUCGACAAAAUCCCUGGGGAGGGAAACUUAGAAGACAUUCAUAAGCAUUUGGAAGCAUUCGACCCGGAAAAUUUCUCUAUCAAGGAUUUUAGAGAAAACCAGAUUGAUAACUUCUGGUCAGCUUAUGAUUCUUUGGACAAUAAAAACUUUGACCUUAUAAGUUGAGGAGUAAAUAUGAGCAAGGAAUAUCAAAAGGGUUUGAUAUCCCUUGGGUCUUCUAUCAUUAUGAACAAGAAAGUCAAUCCUUGCACCUUCUUCAGGUAUGCGAUUGUCUCUAAUGACGUUCUUGCAGAAGUGAAAUUAUUCCACCAUCCGUUAGCCAUUCAGAAACUAGCCUUGUUUGUUAUGGAAGCAUACCUUUCAACUCGGAAGGUGAAAGAUCCUAAGCCCAUGGUGUUAGCAGUGAAGAACUCAAUGAAAGAUGUUUACUUAUGAGCUGGUGUUCUUGGAAGACAGAAUACUUAUAUAAAAUCAAGAAAUGAUUUUGGAGAUCAGUUCCGUGAUGCUGCAGAAAAGAUUGAAUCUAACUUUAACCAUGAUGGGUUUGAUACAUCUCUGAUAGAAAUAAAGGCUGCCAACUUCGAUGAGUUCCUUGAUGAAUUAUUGACAUUUUAG